CCUUUUGAGUAUACGAUUUGUAAAAAAAAAUGGUAUAAAUCUGCAGCAGGACUUUCACAGCAUGAAAAUACCAAGCAUAGUAAUUAUAAUAUACCUCCUAUUCAACAUUACACUCUACCAAAAAAUGCUAUUGAUGAAUGGAAGGAAAUGCUGAUAGUGUUGUAG